GCGAAGAGGAGGCGGAGGAAGGAGCGUCACUUCCGGGCCUCCCAAGCCUACCGUGGGAAAGUGGCCCUCGCCUUUCCCACGGGUGCAGGAUGAACGACUCCAGCGGGGCUGAUGCCAUUUGGGAGAAUGAGGAGCAGAAGGAAAUAACAUCCAGGGUGUCACCAGAGAGGAUCAUGACCGAGGAGGUGGAAAUGAAGAUUGGGAACCCAGAUGAACCACAUAGACAGGAUGAAACCCUACCAGAGGACGGCAGGAAAGAAUCCUCUGCUUUUCAAGGUGGAGACCUCCCAGAUGUUCAGGAGAUGAUAGACACUGAAGAGGACAGGAAUAAAUGUAUCACAUGUGAGAAAGUAUUCAGAGAUGACUCAAACCUUAAGCGGCAUCAGAGAACCCACACAGGAGAAAAACCUUAUCAGUGUUUGUAUUGCGGGAAGAGUUUUAGCCGGAACACGAACCUUGCUUCACAUCACAGAACCCACACAGGGGAGAAACCGUAUAUGUGUUCCGUUUGUAGCAAGACCUUUUGUGAUAAAUCGAGCCUUAACCGACAUCAGAGAACCCAUACAGGGGAGAGACCGUAUGAGUGUGACGAGUGUGGGAAGAGCUUUGAUCUGAGUCAGUCUCUCAUUAGCCACCAGAGAACCCACACGGGAGAGAGGCCCUAUAGGUGCUCGGAAUGUGGGAAGACUUUCAACCGGAGUCAGAACCUCUGUAGCCACAAGAGAAUCCACACGGGAGAGAAACAGCACAAGUGCUCGGAAUGCGGAAAAAGUUUCAGCCGCAGCCAGAACCUUACGAGGCAUCAGAGCAGCCACACAGAGGAUAAACUGUAUAAGUGCCAUGAGUGUGGGAAAAGCUUCCGUCUCAGCCAGUCCCUUAUAAGUCACCAGAGAAUUCACACGGGAGAGAAACCAUAUACGUGCUCCCAGUGCGGGAAAAGCUUCAACCGAAGGCAGAACCUUAUCAGCCAUCAGAGAAUCCACACUGGAGAAAAACAGUACAAAUGUUCGGAAUGUGGGAAAAGCUUCAACUGGAGCCAAGAUCUCCUCCGUCAUCAGAGGAUCCACACAGGAGAACAACCCUAUCGCUGCACGGAAUGUGGGGAACGCUUCAAUCGGCGAGAAAAUCUUAUCAGACACAUGAGAAUACAUCUGGGAGACACCACUUAAGUUGUAAUGGGGGGGGAGUGAUCAGAAGCCAGUUCCUUAUCAUUCAUUUGACAAUCCACUUUUAUUUUUAAAAGCAUGCCAUUAGAGAGAUCUUUGGUGCGACCACAUUUCGAAUAGUGUAUACAGUUCUAGUUGCCUCACCUCAAAAAGGAUAUUGUGGAGUUGGGAAAGUUUCCGAAAAGAGCAACCCAAAUGAUCAAGGGAAUGGAUUGACUUCUCCGCCCUGUGUCAGAAUUGGGAUUGUAAACUCCUGAAGGACAGAAACCUAUCUUCUUAAUAUUACUUUGUAACAAAACAUGCCCAACACCAUUUGUAUUCAAAUACUUUAAAAGGUUUACAUCCCCUAGAAAAAAUAUGUUCCAUCGUAAGGCAGAAUGUAAGUGUGUGACAAAAAGUAGCUUCAAACAUGCCUUGUUUUCCUUGUUGGGUUUUUUUUUGCUUCACUUAAUAUUUAUUAAACUGAUAUC